AAGUUUGAAAGUUGAGGGACUUAAAAGUGGAAGAGUUUUGGAUAAGGAUGGCUCCUUUUCUUUUUCUCUUUUUUCCUUCUUUCUUUCUUCUCCAGCCCGCAUGUUCUGCUCUUCCCGACCCCCCUGCACCCGAGAGAAAAAAAAAAGAAGGGGAACCCAGCCAUGCUUGAGAAAUCGGUGAGAAAGCUUGGUUUUUGGCCUUCUUUUCUUGCUCUAGAACACUUCUAGAACCCAUAAAUCUCCCCCCCCUUGCUGGAAAUUCCAGAUCUGCCUUGCUCUGCUCCCUUGUCCGCCGGCUGCUCCUGCCUUGUGGGGGUGAUUUGCUCCGGUUUUGGGCCGUGAGUUUCUCCCCAAAUUGCCGCCGGCUUCUCCCUCACCAGCCAAGCCCGGUUUUGCUUGCUGGAAAAUUCUGGUUUCCGAUCGUUCUGUCAGUUAGUGUGUGAAUUGAAUGCUCGGUUUAUGCGAGUGAGGUAAGUAAAUUUAUGGUAAUGCACGUACUGUUUUAAAAGCAUGUUUUGAUUUGUUUUUGAAGUGGUGGCGGGACUAAACCCGUUUUACACGAGCAUGACUGAUUUGAAGUGAAAUGUUUUGUGCUUUUCAUGAAAUUGAGCAUGCCUACUUGGAAUUUAAGUGACUGUCCUGAUGAUUUGAAAGUGAUGAUCUGAAAGUGAUUGUGAAUUGUGAUUUUCCUGUGAACUUCUGCCUGUUUUGUCUCCGAUAUGGUCAUGUUAUUCG